GUUCAUGUACAAAUGACGUAAAUUAAGUAAUUAUACACAAUUACAGUUUAAGGUUAUGUACCAGAACUUCUAUACCAUAUUAGUAGAUUGCAGUUAAAGUCCAUUCGAAAACGUUCUUUACAAUCAAAAAAUGUCUCUUGAAAACUGCAUUUUCUGCAAAAUUUGCGCCAAGAUUGAACCUGCGGAUUUACUCUACGAGGACGAUGACAUGGUGAUAUUCAAGGACAUAAAACCAGCUUCCAAGUACCACUAUUUGGCUGUGCCCAAAAACCAUAUUAAAACUGCCAAGGAUUUGAAACCAGAGGACAGCCAACUAUUGCUGAAGCUGAUUGAAACUGGGAAAAGGGUUUUAGUUGAGAAUGGAGCUGAAGUGGAUGAUCUUCAGAUGGGUUUCCAUUGGCCCCCAUUCAAUUCCAUAUCACAUUUGCAUCUGCAUUUGAUUUCACCAGCAUCCCAAAUGGGCUUCCUAUCUAGACAAAUAUUCAGACCAAACACUUGGUGGUUUGCUAGUGCCGAUUACGUUUAUAACAAUCUGACGAACAAACUCUAAAUGCAGGUAAUAAAAAAAAGUCAAUAAACAAUACACUUAUAAAAUAUACUUUAUUAAGCAUGUUA